CCGGCGGCCGCGGCGAUCACCCGCGCUGGUCCGGCGGCCGCGGCGCCCGCCCUCGCCCGCGCCCCAUGGGGUCACAGAGUCCGUAGAAGAGACCACCCCAGGAUCCCAGAUGAACAACCGGCGAGAAGAUAUGGAAAUCGCGUCCCACUACCGGCACCUGCUCCACGAGCUCAACGAGCAGAGACAGCACGGCGUCCUGUGCGACGUGUGCGUGGUGGUCGAGGGCAAGGUCUUCAAGGCCCACAAGAACGUCCUGCUUGGCAGCAGCCGCUACUUUAAGACGCUCUACUGCCAGGUGCAGAAGGCGUCCGACCAGGCCACGGUCACGCACCUGGACAUCGUCACGGCCCAGGGCUUCUCGGCCAUCAUCGACUUCAUGUACUCCGCCCACCUGGCCCUCACCAGCAGGAACGUCAUCGAGGUGAUGUCGGCGGCCAGCUUCCUGCAGAUGACGGACAUUGUGCAGGCCUGCCAUGACUUUAUCAAGGCCGCGCUGGACAUUAGCAUCAAGCCGGACGCCUCGGACGAGCUCUCAGAGUUCGAGGUGGGCGCCCCAGCCGGCGGCGGCGCGGACGCCCUCAUCUCCGCCGUGAUGGCCGGGAGGAGCCUCUCCCCGUGGCUGGCCCGGCGCACGAGCCCCGCCACCUCUUCCGGGGACUCGGCCAUCGCCAGCUGCCACGAGGGCGGGAGCAGCUACGGGAAGGAGGACCAGGAGCCCAGGGCCGACGGCCCCGAUGACCUCUCCUCCCAGACGCUGUGGCCUGGCGACGUGGCCUUCGGGCCCCUGCACAUCAAGGAGGAGCAGCUCUCGCCGGCUCACCACGGGGGGAGCGAGCCGCCCUCCGCCGGGGAUGGCGCCAUUCAGAACUCCUUCUCCGAGCAGGCCGCGGGGGACGGCUGGCAGCCCACGGGACGGAGGAAGAAUCGGAAAAACAAAGACACCGUCCGGCACAUCACGCAGCACGUGGAGGGUGACAGCCGGGCCGGCUCCCCGCUGCCGUCUCUCCUUCCGACGUCCGGGUGGCCCUUCAGCAGCCGAGACUCAAACGCGGACUUGACCGUCGCUGAAGCCAGCAGCUCGGACAGCCGCGGGGAGAGGCCCGAGCUCUACGCGCACGUGGACGAGGGGCUCCUGGGAGGAGAAGGCAGCUACCCGGGAGCACCCCUCACCCCCGAGAAGGAGGACGCGCUGCACCAGGCCGCCGCGGUGGCCAACCUGCGGGCGGCGCUCGUGAGCAAGAACAGCCUGCUGGCCCUCCAGGCCGACGUGCUGGCGGGUGACAGCUCCCUGCUGCUGGAGUGCCUGCCCAAGGGCACCCACUCCCUGUCCCUGAACGAGUUCACGGUCAUCAGGAAGAAGUUCCGCUGCCCUUACUGCAGCUUCUCGGCCAUGCACCAGUGCAUCCUCAAGAGGCACAUGCGCUCCCACACGGGCGAGCGGCCCUACCCCUGCGAGAUCUGCGGGAAGAAGUUCACGCGGCGCGAGCACAUGAAGCGGCACACGCUGGUGCACAGCAAGGACAAGAAGUACGUGUGCAAGCUGUGCAGCCGCGUGUUCAUGUCGGCCGCCAGCGUGGGCAUCAAGCAUGGCUCGCGGCGCCACGGCGUGUGUGCCGACUGCGCGGGUGGUGGCGGGGCCGGGGCCCUGGAUGGCGGUGGCGCCGAGGGCUCCCCUGAGCUGUUCGCGGGCGACGGGCCGUACCUGGAGGACCCCGAGGACCCGCGCGGUGAGGGCGAGGAGGAGCUGGGCGAGGACGAGGACGACGUGGGCCUGGCCCCGGAGGACGCACUACUGGGGGACGACAAGGAGGACGAGGACUCGCCGCCGGGGCCUCGCAGCCCUGCCCGGGGCACCGACAAGGGCUUCACCUGGAUCUCCUAGGCU